ACUCCUAUCGCUCAAGAGCCAGGCGACUUGAGAAGAAUCCGCAUAUUUAGUUCGUAAAAAAAGAAAAAGCAACACCACCGCAUAUUACAGUAAAGUGAUCAGGGGAAUAUGAGAAGUUCCACAUGCUCUCGAAGUCGUAACAGUCGCUGUUGAGAGGGAGGAUUCUGUAAAAAUGAAUAAAAAGUUAAAGAGCCUGCAGAACCUGGUCGCGGUGCUACUCUUCAUAUCUCUGUCCAUAGGGGUUCAGCGGUCUGAGUCGGCGGCAUGUCAUGGCUGUGGGACUGGCCCGAAGUGUGACUGCAGUGGUGUAAAAGGAGCGAAGGGUGAUAGAGGUUUCCCAGGUCAGACGGGUCAUCCAGGUUUACCAGGGUUUCCCGGACCAGAAGGGCCGAUUGGAUCUCGUGGAGAAAAGGGUGAUGAUGGACCUUCAGGACCAGCUGGACCUAAAGGAAUAAGAGGACCUCCUGGACUUCCUGGAUUUGCAGGGACACCAGGAAUUCCAGGUCUUCCGGGAAUGGAUGGGCCUCCAGGUCCAAAAGGAAUUCCUGGAUGUAACGGAACAAAGGGUGAAAGAGGAUUACCAGGAAGUCCAGGUUUCCCAGGUUUAGAUGGUAAUCCAGGACUACGUGGUGAUCCCGGACAGAAGGGAGAGCCUGGUGAUGUCAUCCCUUUAGAAACAUCAGGAACACCAGGAGGACCAGGAAGCAUCGGUCCCCCAGGCCCCAGAGGGGAUCCAGGGACACCCGGAUUGCCAGGUCCUAUUGGUCCUCAGGGUCCGAGAGGUUAUGAUGGGCUUCCAGGUCCCCCUGGUCCACCUGGGCCGAAGGGAAAUAUGGGGCUGAAUUUUCAAGGUCCAAAAGGAGAGAAGGGUGAAACAGGCUUGCAGGGACCUCCUGGGCCUCCAGGGCAAGUCGACCAACUUACAGCUGAAGAUACCACAGUGAUUCAUCGAGGAGAGAAGGGAGACCCAGGGCCACCUGGACCACCUGGACUUGCGGGCCCCACUGGACCACCUGGCCCAGAGGGUGGUCCGAAGGGUGAGAAGGGAGAACCAGGAGAUCCUGGAAAGAGGGGUAAACCUGGUAAAGAUGGGGACCCUGGCCCACCUGGAAUUCCGGGUGUUAUAGGAGACCCAGGUGAAGCUGGUUUUCCAGGAAGUGCUGGAGAAAGAGGUGAGAAGGGUGAGCGAGGACUUCCUGGACCGCCAGGCGUGGUGAUUCCAUCCCAGAACCUAAUAGGACCUAAAGGAGAUCUUGGGCCUCCUGGAGCUCCUGGAAGAAAAGGAGAGCAAGGAUUAACUGGUGUCCAAGGCCCACCAGGUCCACAAGGUCGUCCAGGAAUCGGAGGUCAAGGCCCACCUGGCCCCCCUGGUUAUCCAGGAGAGAGAGGACAGAAGGGAGAUCAUGGAUCGCCUGGGGCUUCUCUUCCAGGUUCUCCUGGCAGACCCGGACUGCAAGGUUUACAAGGACCACCGGGACCUCCAGGACCUCCUGGAUUUUCCAAUGGUGGUGAAAAUUGCCUCCCAGGUCCUGCUGGUCUUCCAGGCCUAAAUGGGGAACCUGGUUACCCAGGAGAGACUGGCCAAAAAGGAGAAAAGGGGGACACAUGUGUAAAUUGUAUAACAAAUGGCAAUCUUAUCCCAGGACCACGGGGUCCACCUGGGCCCCCAGGACCCUCAGGUAGUGCUGGUGUCCCUGGUUUUAAAGGAGACAGAGGAUUCCCAGGCAGCCCUGGUCUCAUGGGGCCCCCAGGUUUACAAGGACUACAAGGUAUACCUGGAAUACCUGGAGAGAAGGGGGAGCCUGGUGAAGCAAUUCCCUUUGAUGGUAUGAAGGGGGACAAGGGAGACCCAGGAUUCCCUGGUCCUCCAGGUCUGCCUGGCCGUGAUGGGACGCCUGGUCGAAAUGGGGUUCCUGGACCACCUGGUCCCAAAGGCGCACCUGGUUCUUCAACAAUUAAUGGUGAACGUGGCCCUCCUGGAGAACCUGGAUCCCCAGGUCCUCCUGGAGACAGGGGCAUCACUGGUGCCCCUGGAUUUGGCCAGCAGGGACCUCCUGGAGAGAAAGGAUUCCAGGGUGUGUCAGGAAGUAUAGGACUUCCAGGACCACCAGGUCAGAAAGGUGAACCAGGUCACACUAUAUCUGAUAGAGGGCCACCUGGACCCCCUGGAAAUAAAGGAGACCCUGGUCCCCAAGGAAGUCCAGGUGACUCAGGCCAACCUGGCUCCCCUGGCUUCCCAGGAUUACCUGGCCAAAAAGGAGAACCUGGUCUCUCGGGUAUAGGCUUGCCAGGCCCACCAGGUCCUAAAGGAUUCCCAGGUACUGCAGGAAUUCCUGGCAACCCUGGCAGACCUGGAUCUCCUGGUGUUGAUGGACAACCUGGUAGACCUGGAGCUCGAGGACCUAAGGGUGAACCCGGUUAUGGGAUCCCUGGGCCUCAAGGCCCCCCAGGUUUGCCUGGUAGUAAGGGUUUCACCGGGGCUAAAGGUGAUCCUGGGUUCCCUGGAAAUCCAGGCGCACCAGGACGACCCGGUAUUGAUGGUCCUCCUGGCUUCAAAGGUGAUACUGGUCUACCUGGGCCUGCGGGUUCACCUGGCUCUCAAGGUCUUCCUGGUUUUGGCUUACCUGGUUCACCUGGACCUCAAGGACCCCCCGGACCUAUGGGAAAUCCUGGUAUUCCCGGUUUUAAUGGUGAGAAAGGAGACCCUGGUUCCCCUGGACUGGAUAUUCCAGGUAUUCCUGGUGACUCUGGUAACCCCGGAUUGCCUGGACAACUUGGUCCUCCUGGCCCUCCUGGGAACCCUGGAACCCCUGGCCAAGAUGGAUUACCUGGAUUCCCUGGGCAAAAAGGAGAAAUGGGUGUAAUGGGUGCUCCAGGACCUGCUGGGAAUCCAGGCAACCCUGGUGCUCCAGGAUUUCCUGGACCAAAAGGUGAUAGUGGUCAGCCAGGACGUCCAGGAGAAACAGGUUUAAAAGGAGAAAAAGGAUAUAAAGGUGAACAAGGUUUAAGAGGCCCAGCUGGUAUCCAGGAGGUUGUAAAAGGAUUAAAGGGAGAACCAGGACCUCAAGGAACUAGUGGAUCUCCUGGAUCGAAAGGUAUUCGUGGCCUUGCAGGAGAUCCAGGUAACCCUGGACAGGAUGGACUCCCUGGGCCACCUGGACCCUCAGGUCCCAAGGGAGAUCCUGGACUUCCAGGAACACCAGGACUCUCUGGUGCUCCAGGCCCGAAAGGCAGCAUGGGCGAAAUGGGAUUCCCUGGACCUUCUGGUGUUAAAGGAAGCCCAGGUCAACCUGGGCGAACUGGACAGCCUGGAUCUCCUGGAGCACCAGGGUUCCCUGGAGUGAAAGGAGACCCUGGAACACCAGGAUUUGGGCUACCAGGUGCUACAGGACCGAAGGGUGAACCUGGGUCUCCUGGUGUCCCUGGAGCUGCAGGGCUAAAAGGUCAACAAGGGCCCCCAGGAAUUCCAGGCAUACCUGGAAGCCCUGGCCCAAAAGGGGAUCCUGGCCUCCCAGGAUUCCAAGGUGCACCUGGUGCUACUGGUCCUAAGGGUCUGGAUGGAGUCCCAGGUGCCUCAGGUCUAGCAGGAGCACCUGGAAGGCCAGGAACCUCUGGCCCACCCGGUUUGCCAGGCGCGCCUGGAGACAAAGGUCAAGCUGGACGUGAUGGUAUUCCUGGACCAGCAGGAUUGAAAGGAGAGCCAGGUAGACCAGGUCAUGGACUUCCGGGUGCUCCAGGAAUUCCUGGGAUGCCAGGUCCCAAAGGAGACCCUGGCUUUCCUGGCCCAUCUGGCAGCCCUGGUUUCCCUGGGGCAAAGGGUGAUAUAGGAUUCCCUGGUGCACAAGGCAGCCCUGGUCUUCAGGGGCCCGCAGGUCCUCCUGGUCAGCCUCUCCAAGGACCUAAAGGACUCCAGGGACCUCCUGGACCACCAGGAAGACUAGGUCCUCCUGGCCCAGAGGGGCCCCGUGGUCCACCAGGUUCUGGAGGAGUGAAGGGUGAGAAAGGCUUUCCUGGUAACCCUGGAUUAGCUGGUUUUCCUGGACAGAAGGGAGACACUGGGUCACCAGGUUUAAUUGGCCCUCCUGGACCUGUUGGAGCUGUCGGACUUAAUGGAGAUAUCGGCCCUCCGGGCGCACCGGGAUUACCAGGAACUAAAGGUCAGUCGGGUAUUCCUGGGAAUCCUGGUCAGACUGGUGAUCGCGGUGACCCUGGUCCUCCAGGUCCUCCUGGCAACCCAGGUCAAGCGCCAUCCCCAAUCGUGGUAAAGGGUGAUCAGGGGCCUCCAGGUCUUCCAGGACCCCCAGGAUCCCGAGGGCUACCAGGACAGGCAGGAUCAGAUGGGAUUUCAGGUCCAGCUGGUGAUCCUGGUGACCCAGGUCCUGAUGGACCUCCAGGAUUUAGUGGUCCAGCUGGAAGGAAAGGAGAAUCUGGACCAUCUGGGCAGCCGGGUCAGCGGGGUUUACCCGGCCCUCCUGGUCCAGACGGGAUUCCAGGUCCUCCUGGUCCUGCAGGCGUGUCGUCAGCGGCUCAUGGCUUCCUGAUUACACGACACAGUCAGAAUACAGAUGUACCUCAAUGCCCAUUUGGAACCUCUCUCAUCUACGAAGGUUAUUCUCUGCUUUAUGUGCAGGGCAACGAGAGGGCACAUGGCCAGGACCUGGGUACGGCUGGAAGUUGUCUUCGUCGUUUCAGCACCAUGCCUUUUAUGUUCUGCAACAUUAACAACGUGUGCAACUUCGCCUCCCGGAAUGACUACUCCUAUUGGUUGUCUACUCCUGAACCCAUGCCCAUGAGCAUGGCUCCUAUCAAGGGAGAUGCCAUCAAGCCCUUUAUCAGCAGAUGUUCUGUAUGUGAAGCUCCAGCUAUGGUGAUAGCCGUGCACAGCCAGACCAUCCAAGUGCCAUCAUGUCCACAGUACUGGGAGGUGCUGUGGAUUGGCUAUUCUUUCAUGAUGCACACUAGUGCAGGUGCAGAGGGCUCCGGUCAGGCUCUAGCCUCGCCUGGCUCCUGUCUGGAGGAGUUCCGAACAUCUCCCUUCAUCGAGUGCCACGGUCACGGAACCUGCAACUACUACGCCAACUCCUAUAGCUUCUGGCUGGCCUCCGUUGAAAAGUCUGAAAUGUUCAGGAAGCCACAGUCUGAGACGCUGAAAGCAGGCAAUCUCCUGACACGCGUGAGCCGCUGCAUCGUGUGUAUGAAGAGGACGUAACGUUGCAAUGCUGACUCCAGCGUUACUCUCUUAUCAAGGGUGAUCACCACAGCGACUGCAACAGUUACAUCGAGAACAAGUGGAAUUCUAGUGGUGUAUUAUCUUCAAGUUAAACUCUAUGGUGCUACUGUGCAACACAGCAAAGAAACUGAAUAAAUUACUAUCCUAUACUUUUUCAAAGAAGUACCUCAUACAGAGACAGAGCAAUCAACCAAGGUGCCAUGAUGGAUCAAUGACAAAUAAGUGCAUUUUUCCCUCCUUUUUUUUUUUUUUUAAGAUUUUUUCCAUAAUAGAAUUGUGGUAUCAACACGUUUUAGAGAGAAAAGCUUUUGCAACGAAAUUCUCUCCAUGUUAUCAGAUCGGCACUUUGAACAUCAAUGAGAAAAAUGCACUGAAUAGUUACAGUAAUGAGACUGCGUUUUUUUUUAAUGCUUUCAUUUUUUUCCAUCACUCUUUUCUUUCUUCCACUUCUUGUUGGUACUAACACUGCUGUAUUAAAGAAUCUAUACCUUUAAGCCUUUUAUCUGUUUUGUAAGUAAUAAAAUGUGUAUAUUGUGUAAAACACCUUUUUAGUCUAAAACCUUAGAUGGUACUUUAUAAUGAGAUUUUUUUUUUUUUUUUACUUCUUGAUGUGUGUUUUUUCGCUCACUUCAUCAAUCACUUAUUCAUAUUCUGUCUCACUUUUUCACUUAGACAAUAUUUGUACAAAGUAAACUUUCUUUUAAUGAAACAGUAUUUUAUAUAAAUAUGAAUAUAAAGUGAUAUAUAGACACCUAAGCUUGAAUUGGCUGUGUAUUUUAUCCUUCAGUUUAAUUUCUUCAUCAUCCAGUGCAUUUGCAAACUACUUAAGAGUAUACUUGAUUUUUGGCAGCACCCUUCCUCCACACCAGGCACUCACUGAAAUACACAUCACAUAAAUCAGAUAUUUUAUUCACUUAUCUCCUGUAAUCUAAUUGUUUAUCAUAGUCAGGGUCACGUCACAUCUGGAGCCUGGUUUUGGGAAAACACCAACUAAAUGUCAGGCGAAGUGUUAGGAGUACACAUUUUUUUUCUGUAUUUUUUUGUGGUCAGUACUUCAUUUCAUUUCAUUUACAUGACUAAAUCUUGUUUUAAUAGUCAGAAUAUUGGUAUUUGCUUAUACUACAGAGUGGGUUAUAUUACAUCACAUUACACACGCAAUAACAUUCAAGAGCCAUUGAUUCCUUUUUUUAAGUUUCUUUUGAAAUUAACUAUGUGGUGCAAGAAUGUGUAUUUUUUUAUUCAGAAAUAAAUUACAACGAAAUAAAGAAAAUCUAUGUUCACAGAUAUUUGUGUCAGCAUAUUCAGCAAAUUUAAGUCGACAGGAUUACGCGGUAUUCA